CCACACCACUCGGUUUACUCGUUAUUUCUGUUAGUCACCGGUCUGCCUUAUGAGCGCGAACUGCAUUUGUGCAUGGCGAAAUGGUGUUUUGCACGUGUUUUUGCCGCCGCAGCCGCCAGAUAGUGCGUUUUUUGCAGUCUCGUUUUCCGCUAAAAUAAACAAAGUGCUUUAUUGAGUGGCUUUUGGAUGUACUUGGUUGUUUUAUGCCGUACGGUUUUUUAGUGUUGUGCUUUGGUCGAAUUUUUUGUGUGCGUGGAGGCGGUUUUUCGUUUUUCUCUCCCCACGAAUUUUUCGCUGAAUUCAUGGUUUGGAAAACUUAUUUCGCUCUCGUCGGAUUCGCUACUUAUUGCCAGUAAGAUGGACUCUGAUGUCUCUCUGCAAUCGAAGUCUACAAUCAACGAUAAAGUGACUUUGGAUCCCGUUCAUCACCUUCUGACUUCUACUAUGCCUUCAAAAAGUGGAUCAUCUUCGACGAUUUCCCUUUCUGACGAUAGCGAUAUAGAACCCGACGAGCUCGUAUCGACAAUCAAUCACAACACGGAAUCUACAAUAGCCGCCUUGAAAGAUAUCACUGGCGAGGACAGGGAUUUCGGGAGUUCGUUAUUUUUAAGGCGCUAUUUCCAAAACCACAGCAACAGCUUGCCGUCCAGGGUAGCAGCCUCAGCCCGUAGACUGUCUCAGUGCCGCGAAGAAGACGAAGACGAAGAGAAAAAAGACUUGAAAGACCAAGUGCCUUCUAGCAGCAACAUGUCGACAAUUUCCGGUAGUGAUAAGAGCCUCUCGGAAUCUUCUAGUGGUUCUAAAACGUCUGUGAUCGAUACUGUUAGUGGACCCACCCAUAAAUUUGUGAUUACAAAGACCAAGCAGCCUUCGGAAGCUGCGAAAAUUUUUGCUAAUAGACAACAAUAUAGACAAGCUAACACCGUGCACGGGAUACCUCCGCAGGACUCUAAAAGGCCUUCGGUUUACAAUCUGUUCAAAGCACCAUUCCCGACACCUCAUUAUGAUACUAGAUUUUUCGAUUCGUCGCUCAUCGAAAUGAAGAGUCAGAAUUCCAGUAGCUCCACGAUCGAUUGUAGCGGUAGUGCCGAAGACAUUUGGGUGAAGAGAUCGGUGACGGAUUUGAAGAAGGAACUCGGCUCACAGCCCCUCCCAACCAUCACCAGUGACGAUGUCGACACCCAGUCGAUGCCCCGGCCCCGCUCGGGAACGUGGGGAUCCAAAUCGGACAGCAAGCAGAAGAGCAAAGACGUCGCCAAGCCCAAGUCGAAAGAGGGUAAGAGCAAGCAGCCCAAGGAACCCAAGGGCGAGGGAAAGAAGGAGAAGAAGAAGGACAAACAUUCGGGAAGUCGGAGCGGAUCUGCGUCCAGGUCCAACUCCGCGGAGAGGCGGAAGUCGGGAGAGGAUGUGCAGAGCCCCAAGAAGGCGGGGAUGUUGGAUGCUUUCAGAACUCGGUCGAACUCGGACGCUAGUAAGAAGAAGGGAAGCGCGUUUAUGGCGUCAAUGAAGAGCGCGAUGUUGCAUACGGGUUUGAUGCAUACUCGUCCUAAAGCACCACGCGAUGGAUCUGCCCAUCCCGUCCGAGAUGGUAGUUCUCAUACCCAGUAUUACCAUACUGUUACCGCAGCCUCUUCAAACAGAAGCCCCAUGACGAAGGUUAUGGAUAUAUUCCGAAAUAGGUCGCAUGCUAGCGUACCUCCAGAAGACCGGCGCAAGAAGGCUGCCCAACAACUAGCUGGAGCACAUUUGAGGCAGAGAUCUCUAGAUACCGAAAGGCGGCGGCAGUCCCUAGGCACUAUCAUUCCUCACAGAGCAUCAGACGCUUUUCUCGAUCCUUAUCACGCCGCUAUACUUUUUAGGGAUGCACGAGGGUUACCAGUUGUCGAUCCGUUCCUAGAAAAAGUCAAUAUUUCGGAUUUAGAAGAGGAUGAAUCUCAAAUAUUCGUCAAAUUCUUCAAGUUCCACAAGUGCUAUGAUCUCAUUCCGACUUCUGCCAAGUUGGUCGUCUUCGACACGCAGCUGCUGGUCAAGAAGGCCUUUUUCGCCUUGGUCUACAAUGGAGUUCGAGCAGCACCGUUGUGGGACAGCAGCAGGCAAGAAUUCGUCGGCAUGCUGACCAUAACCGACUUCAUUAAAAUCCUGCGGAUGUACUACAAAUCUCCAACAGUUGCCAUGGACGAACUCGAGGAACAUAAGCUGGAUACUUGGCGACAUGUCCUAAAAGACCAGCGUCCUUUGAUCUACAUCAAUCCGGACGCCUCCCUGUAUGACGCCAUCAGGACCUUAAUCCACAACAGGAUUCACAGGUUACCCGUAAUCGAUCCGGAAACGGGAAACGUCCUCUACAUUCUCACCCACAAGAGAAUACUGCGAUUUUUGUUCUUAUACAUUAACGAACUUCCUAAACCUAGUUACAUGAACAAAACAUUACGAGAAGUUAGGAUCGGUAGUUACGAGAAUAUUGAAACUGCGGCCGAGGACACGUCUAUAAUUUUAGCGUUGAAGAAGUUCGUCGAGAGGCGGGUUUCAGCUUUGCCCAUUGUAGAUAACGAAGGUCGGCUCGUUGAUAUUUACGCUAAAUUUGACGUUAUUAAUUUAGCUGCUGAAAAGACUUAUAAUGAUCUAGACGUGUCGCUGAAGAAAGCUAAUGAACACAGGAACGAGUGGUUCGAGGGUGUACACAAGUGCAAGCUCGAUGAAACGCUGUUUACAAUUAUGGACAAGAUCGUGAAAGCUGAGGUGCAUAGGCUAGUGGUAGUUGACGACGACGACAAAGUCAUAGGAAUAAUAUCCUUAUCCGAUCUUCUCCUUUACCUAGUGUUGCGGCCCUGCGGCGAGGACGGUUCUCCUGACGGCAUGAUAUCGGUCAGGGCACAGGAUAUAAAAUUGCACGAGAGCAUUUCUCAGUCGGAGAGGACGUCCUCGACAGAAGAAGUAUCCCAAACAAUUCCCGAAGAAGAGGAAGACCCAACCAUAGAGAAAAAUACUCAAGAGGAAAAGUCCGAAAAUCACAAAGAAGAUUCAGAUACAAGUCUGCCUGAUUCGCCCGUUCUUGAGAACAAAGCACUACCCACUGAAAACAACAUAUUCAGAGAGGUGACGGUGACGGGCGGCGGCGAAUAGCACUUUUGAGUUUGCUGAUUUUAACUUUUGGGUGAUUAGUAAUUAAGAUGUGACGGUUCAUGUUAAUUUUGAGCCGGUCCUGGAUUGUUUCUUUGCUAUCUGGACGUUGUUCAUUUGUUGGAAGUGGGGGCAAAUGGAUGAUGUCGAUACAUUGUGAUUGUCUGUCCUGACUAUAAGGGACUGUAAUAUUUUUAAAGAAUUGUACUUAAUAAGUUAUAUACCAAAGACUGCUUACGUCAUGAAGAGUGACGGUGAAAAGAAACAAUUCAGUUAAUUAACUAACUCAUGGUGUGCUUUAUUUAUUUGUAUAAUAUACUUUUUUUGUCAGAUAGUGUUGUAUACAGAAACAACAGGUUAACAUGUUAUUGUUAAAAUUAAUAUAAAAUAUAAUAGUGUAAAACUGUUCAGUUUAGCUUUGUAAUUGUGCCACUUUGAUGACAUUGAAGGUGGAAUAUGGGAAGAUUUAUACUUAAUAUUUAAUAAAAAGCCUUACAAUUUGUACAAUAGAAGGAUUACAUUUUUAAUGUUAUCAAAGAAACAUAACUCAGUUUUCAGUUGGUUUUGUAAAUACGAGAUGGUGAAUACUAUUUUAAUAUCAUCAGUUUUUUAUUUCAGAAAAAGAAUGGCAAAAUGUAGGAUGGAUUGAUCUACACUUUUUAAAUUUUAUAUAUAAAUUAAGCUAUUGAUGUACAGUUCGAAAUACAAAUUGAUAUAGAUGCCAGGUUAACUCAAGUUGGUAUUUGCUAAUUUAUUGUUAAGAUAGAAUAAGAUAUACAACGAUGUAGUUACAUUAUUUAGUAGGAAGGCUGAUCAUGGCCUAUACGAUGCUUAGUAAACGUGUAUCUACCAUGAAAGAA